AUGGCUUACUCCACCACAACCAACACUCCUUCUACUCGAUCUCUCACGACUCCUCCGUUCUUAUUCUUCUUUCCGACCGUUGUAGCGUUUCUUUGCCUUGUAAGCUUCUUCACUUCCUCUACUGCGUUUAGUAGUGAAUCAAGGCUGGUCGUCUCUGAUCAGCUGUCAAGUGAAGCAGAGGCUCUCCUCAAAUGGAAAGCCAGCCUUCUAAACUACUCUGUUGCUGCUCUCGAUUCUUGGAAGCUUACUAUUACAUCACCAUCUCCGAAUGUGAGUACUAUGGCUUCAUCACCAAUCUCACCAUGCAAGUGGUUUGGGAUAACUUGCAACAAAGUCGGAAGUAGUGUGGUUGAGAUAAGCCUUCCAGAAGCAGAGCUGCAAGGUACGCUUCAUAACUUGACCUUCUCUUCCUUUCCCAAUCUCCUCCGUCUCAAUCUCAGCCUCAAUGGACUCAUUGGACCCAUACCAAUGCAUAUUGGUAGCCUCUCCAAGCUCACCCACUUCGAUCUCUCCAAUAAUAAUCUUUCGGGCGUUCUGCCUCUCACCUUGAGUAAUUUAAGCAGCCUGCGCUUCUUAGUCCUCCAUGCCAAUGAAAUCACUGGCAGGAUUCCUUUAGAAAUAGGGAAUAUGAAAAAUCUGAUUAAAUUAUCAAUAGGUUGGAAUAAAUUCACUGGUUUGAUCCCCCCUGUCCUAGCUAAUUUAACCAACCUCAAAUAUCUAUACCUGCAUUCCAAUGAAUUCAGUGGUUCAAUACCUUCAGAAAUUGGAGAUCUGGAGAAUCUGAUUGGUUUGGCACUAAAUCAGAACAAACUCAGCGGUCCAAUCCCUCGUUCUCUAGCUAACUUAAGUAAGCUAGAGAAGCUCCAUUUGUAUGAGAAUGAAUUUUCUGGUCCGGUGCCUUCAGAAAUUGGAGAUUUGGAGAAUCUAGUUGAAUUAUAUCUACCUCAGAACAAACUCAACGGUCCAAUCCCUCGUUCUCUAGCUAACUUAAGUAAGCUAGAGAAGCUCUAUUUGUAUGAGAACGAAUUUUCUGGUCAGAUGCCUUCAGAAAUUGGAGAUCUGGAGAAUCUGAUUGAAUUAGAUCUAUCUCAGAACAAACUUAGUGGUCCAAUCCCUCGUUCUCUAGCUAACUUAAGUAAGCUAGAGAAGCUCUAUUUGUAUGAGAAUGAAUUUUCUGGUCUAGUGCCUUCAGAAAUUGGAGAUAUGGGAAACCUUAUUGAAUUAUCACUAGGUCAGAACAUACUCUGCGGUUCAAUCCCUCGUUCUUUGGGUAACUUAAGUAAGCUAGAGAAUCUCUAUUUGUAUGAGAAUGAAUUUUCCGGUCCAGUGCCUUCAGAAAUGGGAGAUUUGAAGAAUCUGGUUGAAUUAUAUCUACCUCAAAACAAACUCAGUGGUCCAAUCCCUUGUUCUCUUGCUAACUUAAGUAAGCUAGACAAGCUCUAUUUGCGUGGGAAUGAAUUUUCUGGUCCGGUGCCUUCAAAAAUUGGAGAUAUGGAGAAUCUGAUUUUAUUAUCAUUAGGUCAGAACAAACUCCGUGGUCCAAUCCCUCAUUCUCUUGCUAAUUUAAGUAGACUUGAGCAACAAUAA